AUGGCACCUAAAAAACAGAAAGGUAAAAAUCCUACAUGUGGAGGUACAAAUUUUGAAGCUCUUCGUACUGCAGUGAUUGUUGCGGAGUUGAAUGCUGAUAGAUUUAUGCCUAUUUCACAUUGGAUGCCUACUUGUCUACUUUCACUCGGCAACACUCCUCUUCUGCAUCUUUCAUUAAAUAGUCUUCUAUUGGAUGGCUUCCAGAAGAUCAUUAUUUUUGCAUGUUUGCAUAGGGAUACCAUUGAGCGUUUCGUUAAAGAGAAUGGUUAUCGCACGCGUUUUCCCUUCGUUGAUAUUUGCGUUUUUGAUGGCUAUGGUUGCAAAUCACUUGGCGAAGUAAUGCGUGAUAUUGACAAUAAUUCUCUUCUUCACGAAGUAGAGAAUUUUGUUUGCAUUCCCGCGGAUCUAGUGGCUGAUAUUUCGCUCAUGAAGAAGUUGAAUAGCUUUUCUGAACUUCGGAAACAAAAUCCCAAUAUUGCCAUAGGCAUGAUAUUCGCUAAUCGUCCUGAUUUUCUCCCUCAGGAAUAUGAGUAUACCCAGAUCGCUUUCAACACUGAAACGAGUGUUCUUGCUAAUUUUAAGCGUACGCCUGCUCCAGCUAGACUAAUUUCUACCAUCGCCUGCAGUUCCUUAAAGUAUCGCGGUAAUCUCUUUGAUUCACGUAUUCUUCUCUGCAGCAAACAUAUUCCCAUUCAAUUUCAGGGUAACUUCGAUUUUCUCACAAUUGAUGACCUUGUAAAUGAGUUCAUUUUAAAUGAGGAUGUCAUGUCUUAUCAAACUCAUAUUCAAGUUCUGUCGUCUAGAACGAUCGUUCUACCUGUUGCCCCUUGCUUAAAGCAUCUGCUCCAAUUAAAUUUCUCUUUCCUGAACCGGAUAGGCUCGAGGAAAAUUCAUCCUCCCAGUUUCUAUGUUUGGGAAUCGACAAUACGGAAUGGGGUUGUGGAAAGAGGACAACCCUAUUCCCUCUCACCUCAAUGCUUUGCCUACAAAAGUUGUAACAUUCACUCAUCUGUUAAGCUCGUGGGUCACGUUUUCAUCGGUCGUAAUGUCACCAUUAGACCUGGGUGCACCCUAAUCGAUGUCGUUAUUGAUGAUGACUGCACAAUUGACAUGAAUACUGUUAUUCAAUCGACCGUAGUAAUGAAAGGAGUGCAUAUUGGUUCAAAUGUCAAAAUUACCUCCUCUUGGUUAUUCAGUGGCGCCUGUAUUCAUGAUGAUGUUGAAUUGGGUUCUGAUUGCUUUGUUGGGCCACCUUUGAAAUACGAAAUAUCCAACUGCCCACAUCAAAAUCGUCUUUGCAUCGAACGCGUCGAGGGUGUGAAAUUCCCGGAAGGAUGUGUUAUCAUUCAAUCUACCGAUGAGGAUAGCGAACAUCCUUGGGUGAUUUGUCAACCCCAAGAUAUUGAUGAUAAUAUGUCUACCGGAAGCUUUGAUUCCUCUGGAGAGGAGGAACCUGGGAGUUCAGAAAGGAAGAACAUUUUCCUUCUCAAAUCUGGCAAUUUGUGGCGAACUAAUUGGUUGAGAAGAAUGACCCGAUCACUUUCUUCUUCCUCUGAAUCUAUCAGUCUAUCCUCCAACAGGAAGGAAAAGAUAACGGUUCCUGAAAACGAUGAUGAUGAUAACAUCAUUAGCGAGCUCGCAAACACCCUCAAAGAUGGAAUGGACAAGAAAAAACCUCUCAAGGACAUAUGUACGGAAAUCACCUGUCUGAAACACGCCACCGGAAUCACCAUUGAUGAUCUAAUCUUCCUUCUCACGAAAGCCAUACUUAACUUAGGUUCUGAAUCGGAAAGUGGAGUUCUUACCACUGCCAAGGUUUGGAAGAAUGUUGAACAGUGUAUUGGGCUUUACAAACUCAUAAUGAGGAAUUUUGUCGAGAGGAGUGCUAAUGGAGAGGCGUUGUGCCUGCAAGCAACGGAAGAGAAUUGUUGUCUGGAUAAGCGGUUCAUGGAAAUAUCCCCUCGACUCUUUCAUGUACUCUACAUCGAGGAUAUCGUUUCUGAGGAGGCGAUAAAUAAUUGGGUGAAGAAUUCCAAGAUGCUGGAAGAUCCAGAAAGCAUUCAGGAAGCUGAAAAACUGAGAGAACAACUCGGUGAUUUUCUUACCUGGUUGAACACUGCUGAGUCAGAAGAAGAUAGUGAGGAGGCGGAAAAUUCCAGUGAUGACGAAAAUAAUGUUAAAAACAAUGAGCAUAAUAUUGAUAAUGGUUGCUAG